AUGGUGCUAAAGUGCUUAGUAACAAUUUUAUCACUAUAUGUGUGUUUUCAUUUCUCGUUUACGUUCAAGAGUAAUGAUGAUUAUAUAGCGGAAAGUGAAUCAGUCUUGGAUCCGAAUGGAGAUUUCUUACUAAAAUGGCAGAUCAACUAUGCAAUCAGGAAAAUUCAGUUCCAACUAGUUAUAUCGGAUAAGGCUCCUACGUUCUACUGGUUUGCUUUGGGCUUCUCUGAUAGAGGAAACCUGAACAAUUCUGAUGUCUGCGUGUUUUGGACAGAUUAUAAGGGGAAACAUCAUUAUGAGGACAUGCAUGCUGAUGAUGAAGGGAAAUUGUUACGGGAUUCCCAGCAAGACUGUGGCAACUUCCACCCCGACCCUGACUCUUGGAGCUUCCUAUUUGAAAGGUUUUUCGACACCUGUGAUGAUGACGACUAUAUUAUUGAGGACGGUACGGUCCACAUAGUUUGGGCUCACGGGACCGACAAGUUGUUCUCGUCCAAGGGUCUCUGCCUCACUUGCACCCCACCACACGACCAUGGCUUCAUCAGAGUGCGUCUCUUUACUCCAGUGGGGCUGAAACAAGUCACUGAUGCGUACCAACUACGUAUAACUAACAAAGACCUUAAAGUCCCUGGAGACGAUACCACCUACUGGUGUCAUGUUGUCAAGCUUCCGGAGUUUGUUACGAAGAAGGAUCAUCAUAUUAUACAGUUCGAAUCCACUAUAACCAAAGGCAAUGAAGGCUUGGUGCAUCAUAUGGAAGUAUUCUAUUGCGACGCUGACCCCGACAAGGAGAUACCGCUGUAUGAAGGCAACUGUUUCGCUCCGAACCGACCAGAAAUCACUAAGACAUGUUCUAAGGUAAAAGCGGCUUGGGCAAUGGGAGCUCCUCCCUUCGUGUAUCCAAAGGAGGCCGGCCUGCCUCUCGGAGGACCGAAAGCAAACAAAUUCAUUAUGCUCGAAGUGCACUACAAUAAUCCGGAAAUGAGGAAAGACUGGGUUGACAGUUCAGGUAUAAUUCUCCACAUUUCCGGCAAAAAACGAAAAUACGAUGCGGCUAUCAUGGAACUCGGGUUGGAAUAUACUGACAAAAUGGCGAUUCCCGGAAGGCAGAAAGCUUUUCCUUUGACGGGAUAUUGUAUUCCACAGUGUACGGGUGUGGGUCUACCACCAGACGGUAUAGUAGUCUUUGGCAGUCAGUUACACACGCACUUGACAGGAGUAGCGGUUUGGACGAGGCACUCGCGUCAAGGCGUGGAACUGCCCUACCUCAACAGGGACGUACACUACUCCACACAUUUCCAAGAGAUCAGGAUUCUACACAGACCUGUUAAUGUUUUCCCCGGAGACUUCCUAGAAACGACUUGUAUUUACAAUACGGAGGAGAAGGACAACGCUACUAUCGGUGGUCACGCGAUCACAGACGAGAUGUGUGUCAACUACAUUCACUACUACCCCGCCACACAACUCGAGGUCUGCAAGAGUGCUGUCUCUAACGCUGCUCUAGAAAGCUACUUCAAGUUUGAGAAACGUUGGGACAAUAUGUCGAUCUCGUACACAGCAUCCCCCCGCAACAACUACCUCGCCAUCAAACCUUGGACACACCUCCGAGCUAGCUCUCUGCACGCCCUCUAUACUGACUCUCCGAUAUCCAUGCAAUGCAACAAGUCCGAUGGCAGUCGAUUCCAGGGCGACUGGGAAGGAAUAUGGAUACCAAAGAUCAAGUUGCCCCUGCCGGCUGAACAAAGGAUAUGCCCUGAUAUGACGAUUAAAAAGUAA